GAUUCAAAGUUCCACUUUACUUGAAGGAUUGUAACCCUUUUGUCUCCCUCUCUCGACCGUGUGAAAUUUUAUCACAGCGGAACAUAUUGGGCCUGCUGCCCCAGAGCGAAACGCCAUUUUCGUGCCUCGCAUCCCACCCUCCCCAAAAAUAGAGAAACCAGCCUCACCACAGCGAUAGGAAAACAUGUUUCAGCCAUAUUCGCCGGGAGUGUUGUUGAGACGGGGCUAUCUGUAAAGGAUCAUGCUCGGCUUUGAAUGAAAUGCUACUGUCAAUGUUUUCACAACUGGUUUUGCUGUCCAUCCUGUGAAAGAUGUCAUGGAGAUCUUUAAUUCCUCUUCUUCUCAUCCUGCGAUCUUCAGUCAAUGGGAAGUUUAUAGUUAUAACUUCAAAAGAGCCGGUCGUUGUCACAGUCGGCCAGGAUGUUGUUCUGGAAUGUCAGCUGAUCCCAGCAGAAGCUCCUGAGGAAAUGGAAGUGCGGUGGUUCCGAAAAGACUGGAACAGCGUUGUCCAUAUGUACCGGAAGGGAAAGGACGAGCCCAAGUUACAAAUGAAGGAUUAUUCUGGGAGAACAGCACUGUUCCACGAGCACUUUGCCAAUGGCAAUAUCUCCCUCCUGUUGAAGAACAUUUCUGUGAAAGACAAUGGCACCUUCAGAUGUUUUGUCAUCUCCAAAGCUGAGGACGCCGAGGGAUCGGUUGAACUGAAAGUUGGAAGUGUGGGCCUUCAACCUGUGAUGAAGAUGGCUGGCUACAAGGGCAAUAGAAUCAAACUUGCAUGUGCAUCCGACGACUGGUUUCCAGAACCGAGCAUAGAAUGGUGGAACAGCAAGGGAGACAAACUGCCUGGAGUCUCCAAGAAACCGGUAAAGGACGCCAGGGGACUCUUGAAAGCAGAGAGCAGUCUCACUGUGGGCGAUAGUUCCGAUAACGUGUAUAAAUGCACCAUCACCAACACGCUGCUGAAGACAGAGCGAAAGAGCACCUUGCAGAUAUCAGGUGAAUUCUUCCCUGUGGUCUCUGGCUGGCUGGUGGCUUUCUGGAUAAUCUUCGUUAUCCUCCUGGGAGCAAUUGGUGUUGUUUUAUACUUCUAUCGGAAACAACAGAGACAACGCAGUCUAAUGAGAGAGCUUAUUAUUCGACCUACCAUCGGUGAAUAUGAAACAUUGAGUGCAAAGCUCAAUCAAGCAAAUGUAUGUGCAGAGAAAGAAAAGAAAAAUCUGUUGAAACAGAUCGAAAAUGAAAGGCAGGCUGCCAAAUUAGAAUACAAGAAGCUUCUCCAUCAAAUAGAGUGGGACAAGAUGCUUAGAUGCGCAGCUUCAGUCACCCUGGAUCCUGACACGGCAAAUGGAAACCUGGACGUGUCGCUGGAUCACCUGGCGGUGAAGGAUGGUGGCGGGUGGCGCAAUGUCACAGAGAACCCGAAACGCUUCGAGCGGUACCCGUUCGUCGUGGCCAGCGAAGCUUUCCAGUCGGGAAAGCAUUACUGGGAGGUGGAGGUGGGUGAUUCCAAUAACUGGGACCUGGGCGUGGCCCGGGGCUCGGUGAGACGGAGCGGGCGCAUCGAUCUGGACGAAGAGAACGGAUACUGGGUCAUCGGGCGCUACUGGGACAAGUACGAGGUGAAAAACGCGGAGAAGACGGAGCUGAUCCUCAGCAAGAAGCCCACAAAGGUCGGGGUUUUCCUCAACUGGGAGGAAGGGUUGGUCUCGUUCCACAACGCAGACACGAAAAGCCAGCUCCACGUCUUCAGGACGCACUUUGAGGAGGAGAUCUUUCCCUUCUUCUGCCCUUGGCGGUCUCAAGAGCCGUUGAGAAUCACUCCUGUUACACUGGAGAACUGACCAUUAACUCUCCUUGAAGCGCAGGGGCAGAGGUGGGCAGCCUAGAGGCCUACCGUCCAUCACUUCCGCGUCCGUCAGAAACACGUACCCAACGAUUCUCAUCCCACUUUUCAGCUCUUGGCUGUGUAUGGCUUAGCAACACAAGUGCGGGAGGUCAGAUGUCAAUAUCUGCUCCCCUUUUUGUUUGUGAUGUUCCCCCACUGUGGAUAAUGUUAAAUGUCUAACUGCUAACUCUAACAGCCUGAUGCUUCCUGAUGUCAUUUCUGUACGGUAGGCUGUGCUGAUCAGAACUGGGAACAAGCCAGCCACUUUAACACUGUUAGCACCGCACUUUACCCAUCUGAUCCUCCAGCAUGUCUCUUUGUACUCUCUCUUAAUUUAAUCCCCUAGAGAAACGCGUGAAGUGUUGGAAGGAUUUUCCAGCAGACUGACCACCGGUUGAAAUACUUUAUGAACUGCCCUCCCAUAUUAAGGCUAAACAUCCUGGAUUGGGACUUGAAACCUUUUCUCGCUCAGAGACACAACAGUUACCAACUGAACCACAAGAUGUGCCUAAAGGAGGCUGAUUCCAGUUCUGCCUCCAUCCUGGAGUGGGACUUGAACCUAGAUCAUCAUUUCUCAAAUGCUGCCCAAUGUACCCACAGCUUGCUGACUUCUGGAUUGUGCUCAGCACAAUCUUACAUGGAGAGAUACCAGAGCAUUUUGAAUCCAUCGCCUUAACCUCUCAGUCCUGACUACAACCAAAGUGUCCCUUUACAUCUUGAUUUGACUGUGGAUAAUUAAUGUCUUCUGCCUGAUAUCCUGGAGCGAUUAACCAUGGCGACUGUUUUAUUUCACCUGUUUGUACCAGAGGCAAACUGAGCAAAAUUCAUUCCCUCACUUUUAUAUCAGCUCAUCCAUCAGGCAAUGUGAAAUUAAAUCUGUUCAUUUCAUUUUUUUUAACUGUUUCCCUGUUCAGUUGUAACAGCAAAUACUGAUUGGAACAAAUGGACUCAAUGCUGUUGGGAAACUCUGCACAUGAUGUUGCCUUGAAAGUGCGUAGCCAUUAAUUUAUGGGGUUAAGUAUAACACAAGGAAACUUCUCCACUCUCCUACCUCCCUGUCUGUCCUGACUCCCAUGCCUCUGCUCUCCUGACUCCACGUUUGGAAGAUUGUAUUGAGAAGGUGGGACAAGUAACUUAUGUUUCCAAUUUUGACUUACUCAGAGGAUACUGGGAGGCGCCUUCAUCCAAAAGAGUGAAGGAAAUUUCAGCUUUUGUAACACCGAAUGGACUGUACCAGUUUUAAGUCAUGCCAUUUGGUAAGAAGAAUACACUAACCAUAUUUCAAACACUAACCAAUAAGGUCAUUUCCAGAUUACCCAAGUGUACAUCGACCUGGUGGGUUUUAGUCACACAUGGAAGGAACAUUUUCAGCAUCUAGCAGAAUUGUUUAAUUGACUUUGGGAGGUGGACUCGGUGAUAAAGCUGACUAACAGUGAGUUUGCAAAAGCCCAAGUCACAUUCCCUCACCCUACCCUUGGACAAGGACAGAUGGCCCCAUGGAACGUAAAAACAAAGGUCAUUGGGGAGUUUCCCAUACCAUCGACGAAGAGGGCAUUAUUACAAUUGCUGGGGCUGAGUGAAAAUUUUAUUGCAAAUCUGUCCUGAAUUUUAGCAGUGUUGUUGUUCCACUGAAUGACCUAUUGAAGAAGUGCAGGAAAUUUCAGUGGAUGGGAGAAUGUCAGAAAGCAUUUGACAGCCUGAAAGCAGUGUUGACCAUCUCCCUGAUGUCAGCUACCCCCAAUGACACAAAAGCCAUUCAAGCAGCUAUUAAUGUGAGUGAUUUGGCUGUUGGUGCUGUACUUUUUCCAGAAGACGACAAGAGUACGGAAAGACCUAUAGGGUAUUUGUCCUGAAUAUUCAUCAAAAGAAAUAUUCCACCAUUCAGAAAGAGACCUUGAGUUUGGUGCUGACAUUGCUUGCAAUAUAAUGUUGAAAUGUUGUAAUGUACCUGAGACAAUUGUGUGCACUGAUCAUAAACCCUUAAUAUUUUUUGGAAAACUUUAAAGAUACCAGCCUGAUAAAAUGAAGUUUAUUGUUACAGCCAUUUAAUUUGAAAAUUAUGCACAUGGCAGGAUGAGAGAACGUAAUUGUUCAUGUGUUGUCACAACUUUGAUGAAGAAAGAUUGAGGUGUUCAGUGACAGAAGAAACUGGACCAUAUUAUUGAACAUUUACAUACUUAAAGUUAAUGCAAUGUAUAUGUAUCAUGUGGGGUACUGAUAGCAUGAGACUAAUAUCUUUGAAAAUGAAGUCAGCUUUGCAUAUCGUGUUCAUUUUUUUCGAGGGGGAGGGUGUGACGAUACUGUGCCUUUAGGAGAUAUGUCCUGUCCUGUAUCUUUUGCAGAGGGGUGGUGUCACAAUGGUGUUGAAAUGCAUCAUUUAGACGUGGAGUUGGUGAACAGCUUUGAGUGCUACCCUGUAUUUUUAUGUCAAGUAAAGCCAAAGAUUCAUGAGUGAGUGGACUCAGUCUCACACAGACCCAGUCAACUUUAGUUUGGCUUUCAGUUAGCUGAGUAGGUUUUUGCUCAAGCUGAAAGCUUGAGUUCUCUGCUGCUGGAGUGAAGUCUUCGAGCAAUUCCUCUUAAAAUUCAAAAGGGGCAGAUAGUUUCUUUCUAGUGGACUGGAGAAAGACAGCACGUGGGAAUAAUACCCGUGUUGCUACUGAAUUGUGUUUUCCAAGACUGUAUAUAAUGGACACUGUCUAUCUUGGAACAGUUGAUGGCCGCAGGUUAAAUAAUACAUAACUGUUUGGAGUAUUUCCAGACAGUAAAGUUAUGCCAAUUCUUUUUGUUACAUUAUAAAUGUAUUGUAACAAUAAAGUAUGUUUUGAUUAAA